AUGGUAAAUACGUAAACUUGAAUGGAUUUAGAGGUUAAGGGAGUUGCUGCUUCUCCUAGGAGCCAAACUCAUCCGUUCUCUGAAAGAAAGAAGCCACUAAAACAAGGAUGGGCUUCUGAGUCACGGGCAAUGCAGCAUCUUUGCCCACCUGUGGUUCCACGACUUGAUUUGGGAAGCCUUGUUGACUCUGAUGAUGAGGAGCAGAAUGUAAUAGCAGAGAAUCUGCCAGCACCAACAGACAAAUACAAACUAAAGCACCAGCAAUACAAAGCUGAAAUGAAAGAGGAACAUAAACAGGAUAGUCAGAGAAAUUCAGAAAAGACAGAACCAAAUAUCACAUGUCAGAAGUUUCUAAGCAAAAAAACAAAAGAAAAGGGUGGACAAGGUGAAGAAGCCAUUGAAGAUGAUAUUACAACUCUGGAUAGAAAAGCCCUUUUACAGCAAGAGUAUGUAAACAACCCUUAUGCACUGCGGAGUGUAAGAAAAUCGAAUGCAGAAAUUGUGGCUACAGAGAAGAAAAAGCAGACUGUUACUGAGCAAGUGAUGAUAGACCACUUAUCUAGGGCUGUAAUCAGUGAUCCAGAACAGAAUUUAACCAAUGAGAACCAAAGUGCUUAUAUCCUUCAAGAUCCAAAGAUGGCACCUCUUCGGUUUAGGAAAAGAACAUUACAUGAAACAAAGAUAAGAACCCAUUCUACAUUAACUGAAAACGUGCUUUCUAAUAAAUUGCAAUUUGAUAGUAGGAUCAUAUCAAGAACAAAUGUGCUUCCUUUUAUUCAAAAAAAUAUUUAUUGUCAUCAGCAUGGACGAAGAAGAGGAAAACAGUACCAACUUGGUGAUUUUUAUAUUGGUGCAAAUUUGACAUUUUUGAGUUCUGACCAUCCCAGGCUUCCAGAAAGCAUAAAAGAAAACACAUUACUUAUAAUUCGAAUAACAAAUAUUGAUCAGAUAGCUUUGGAUUCUCUCAGAACUAUUUCUGAGGAACAUGAGGAUGAUAUAACUAAUCAAGAAGCCAAUGAUAGACUGGUUUUCAAGACCAUUCAAGACACCCUAAAAGUGAAACUACAUCAACGAGGUGUUCGUAUUUUGACUGGACUAGGAAAAUACUUUCAACAGUUGGACAAAGAAGGAAAUGGACUUUUAGAGAAGGCAGAUUUUAAACAGGCUCUUAAACUAUUUCACUUAGAGGUGCCUGAAAAGGAUUUUGAGUCCUCAUGGCUAAUUCUGAAUGGCAAUGGCAAUGACAAGGUUGAUUAUGGAGAAUUCAAACGCGCCAUUAUUGGUGAAAUGAAUGAAUAUAGGAAAUCAUUUGUUCGAAAGGCAUUUAUGAAACUGGAUUUCAACAAAACUGGCAGUGUGCCUAUUAUAGAUAUAAGAAAAUAUUACUGUGCAAAGAAACAUCCUCAAGUAAUUUCAGGUCAUUUUACAGAGGAAGAAAUCAUAUCAUCUUUUCUAGAAACGUUAAAAGAUGCCUCCAUCAAGUCUAAUGAAGUGUCAUAUUGCGAAUUUGAAGAUUACUAUGAAGGUUUAAGUAUAGGGAUAGUAGAUGAUGCAGAUUUUGUUAACAUCAUAUGUACUCCAUGGGGGAUUUAG